AUGGCGCGAUUCUAUCCCAUCUACGUCCGACGCAGUGACGGCAGGCUUGAGGUGGUGUCCAAAGGCAAACGCAGAGAGCUCAACCAGCCCACAGACGACCAAUUGAACCAGCGACCCGACCGAGAUGGAGUUAGCGACUUCUAUCGUGAAGUCGGCGCCGACGAAGGGAAGCAUCUCGACUGGCGCAGAAAGCUGGGCGGAAUGCUAGCGAGAGAGCUGGAGUGGAAGGACAAGUCUGGACAGGAUAAUGGAUACAUACUGGUCACCUUCCCGGAGCAAUACCGCCUCUACGAGCACGUCAAGAAGACUGUCGUGGAUGGCAAACUGGAGGUCAAGAGCAAGACGCAUGCCGCUGGUGGUAAUGACAGGCAGGAUGCGUAUCUGUACGGUCAUCCAGCGGGCAGGAGGAAACGUUUCCGCAGUCCCAACGACUUCUUUCCGCAUCUGCUCUGGCUGUGUACGGAUGAGAGCGGCGAUCCGGACAACUGUAGCUGCAAGAUAUGCUCGCCGGAAGAUCUGGAGAAUGUCUUACCGGGUGCCAAGGUGAAGACCGAGAAGGCUAUUCAGGCAGAGCAAGACUCAAAAGAUGCAUUGAACGUGACCGCAGCAACACAAAUGGCACGUCAGACGAGCCAGCAAUCUGCCAGAAGCCCGCAAGUCCAGGUGCCGAGACCCGUCAGCGCACAGAGACAAUUAUCUCCAACACCAUUGCCGCCGCAGAGGUCACCGGACCAGGCCAUGGAUGCCAGAUUCAAGAUGUUCAUGUACAGGCCUGGCGAGCUAGUUUGGUUCAAGCGUGGAUAUGCUUGGGGCAUUGGUGUUGUCCUGAGACGCUGGCUUGAUGGCUCCAACAACACGAACACCACCUUUUACCGCAUUCAACCAUUAUCCUACCCAUCCGGAAAUCCAGGCGUACACGUCAAGCAAGGCAACGAAGAGAUGCGCCCUUGGCUGGCGUGGAGUGUGCCGGCAUUCACCAACAAGGCUCUGAAUGAUCAGCCUAAUCCACCUAGAUACGAGACAGCGGAUUGGCAAGGAAUGGCAUCAGGUCGUUACGGCACCGGUGAUCUGGAAGUCGAUGGCUCAAUCAUGGCAGCCAAGAUGAUCGACUCUACCUAUACACUCUUCGGAAAGGAGAAAGUGUUACAACCAGAACCUAGUGUCCAAGAAGUGCACUACAACGGCAUCUUUCUGGGCGCAGAGAAGAUAUGGGUCGGGGAUCCGAUACGGCUGCACAUUGGAACUGGCACAGAUGUGAUGGUGGUGCAUUCUAUCAUCGAACGGAAGCGUGCCUCGCCCGUAAAUCCACAGCAAGUUCUGGAACAGGCUGCAUACUUCGUCGGGGACGUCUAUCAGCUUACGACAGUGCCGCACACGAACGUGUCCGUGGAGACGCCAGCAGCGCCGAAUCGGAAUCCACAUCUACCGCCGCGUCUUACCGAAGACCUGAUGGACCGUAAUAAGUGCACAGUCGAAGUGAAACGUGUCGCAAGCUUCUGGAGACUCGCCUCAGCACAGCAGCGAGUGGACUUGAACAAUGUCAAAGGCCGUUGGUACGAAGCGACUUUAAUCCUCGCCCAACUCUACCCGGAAGUCUGGGCGGAGCAGAAACGCAAAGGAGAAAUCCAAGAAGCUUCGCUCUGGAUGAAUAGUCGGGGAGACUGUCUCAACAGUAAUCGAAGUCCUCAACUCCCGCGUAUUCCACGCGAAAACAAUCGCCGCGAAACACGAGUGGAAGCCCUUGGUCAGGCUGUGCCUCAAGGGAUUGAGAUCGUAGAUGGCACUGAUCCUCCAUCAUCGAAUAACGAAAUGAGCGAUCCCAUCGAUAUUGAUCCGAAGUUCGAUACUGCCGACGAUCAAGACACAAUUCAUGUCUCGCAGCCUGAUGACGGCAAUGACGGGCUCGUCGAUGACUUUAUGAAUUUGGAAGGCAUGGAUCAGGAGAGUAUGCCUGGCUUCGGACAGCAGUAUGGAAGUCAGGGCGGUGGGCAUAGAUACUUUUAAGCAACAAACUCUUGAAUCAGUAGUAGAAGCGGCUAGAAGCUAGCUAGCAGUAUAUUACUCCAUGCAUGAGCUAGCUCAUGCACUUUGGAAAUUCUAUCUUCUGACU